CCCAAUGCAGCCUGUAGCCCAUUCAAAGGCCUACUGUUGGACCUCUGCUUAUUUUGCAAUACGUCUUUAGUACGGACUGAAAAAUGUCCGAUUUCGAUGAGUUUGAGAAGCAGUUAAGCGAAAAUCGGCAAGAGCGGGAGAAGGAGCGACACAAGAAGCGUAGCCGCAGCCGGUCCUCUGAGCCGUGGCGAGAAGCACCGCCGCUGGAGCAAGGACUCCAGGGGGCGGAGUCACGAGAAGCGCAGCAGCAGCCGCGACCGCAAGGGUCGUGACCGACGGAGCAGCUCACGCGAGCACAGCUACUCUCCUCGGAGAAGCCGUAAGAAAAGGACAUACAAGUACUGGGAUGUUCCCCCUCCGGGAUUCGAGCACAUCACCCCCAUGCAGUACAAGGCAAUGCAAGCUGCAGGGCAGAUCCCCACGAUAGCUUUACUGGCAACAUCCACCACCAGCGGCGUGGCAGUGACGCCCACCCAGGUGCCGAUGGUCGGCAGCCAGAUGACCCGGCAGGCCAGGCGGCUUUAUGUCGGCAACAUCCCCUUCGGCCUGACGGAGGAGGCCAUGGCGGAUUUCUUCAAUACCCAGAUGCGAUUGGCUGGCUUAUGUCAAGGUCCCACCAAUCCCGUCCUCGCUGUUCAGAUAAACCAGGACAAGAACUUUGCCUUCCUUGAAUUUCGGUCCGUGGAUGAGACCACGCAGGCAAUGGCCUUCGACGGCAUCAUUUUCCAGGGUCAGUCGUUAAAAAUCAGGCGGCCCCACGACUAUCGCCCCCUGCCUGGCAUCUCAGAGCAGGCCCGCCUUCCACGUACCAGGGGUCGUCUCCACCGUGGUUCCAGACUCGCCACACAAGCUCUUUGUCGGAGGCCUGCCCAACUAUCUCAGUGACGAUCAGGUACCCCGCCCUCAGUCUCUGUCGCCGGGGAGCCGACCCACAA